AUGUCAUCACUGCAAUUCAAAACCCCUCCGGGCGCAGCUGAAAAGCACAGCGACCUGGGCCAUUACUCACAAUCGGUCGAUCUUGGCAAUGGCAUUGUCAAAUGCUCUGGACAAGGGGGAUGGCACCCUGAGACGGGUGCUCUGGAUGCUACUGACAGCUCCAAACAGGUGGCGCUAGCUAUGGAGAAUGUUGAUAUCGUUCUGAAGAACGCAGGGCUACGAGGAUGGGAGGAUGUUUACCUGCUUCGGUCAUACCACUGCGAUAUUACGGCUUCCUGGGAGCCUACCGCCGAAGCUCUGAGGAAGCGGAUUCCCGGCCAUCAUCCUAUAUGGACGGCUGUUGGAGUGCCUAGACUGGCUUUCCCUGAGAUGCUUAUCGAACUUGAGGUCGAAGCAAAGCGUCAGAGCUGA